GAAGUUGAAAUUCCCGUUUAGUUUUUAACAAAUUCGAAAAAAAUAUUUGUGGAAAAAAGAAAAAGAAAAAGGGAAAUCUACAGAACAUUCUUCGCCUUGCUCUCGCUUUUCAAGCCGAACAACGGAGAAGAUUGGGUUUCUGAAAUUUUUGAAUUCUGAAACUCGCGUCACUGUGAUUGUGAUCAUCGACGUUGAUCUCUGGUUCCACCCUCAGUGUUGGUGAUCGUAAAGGUGAAUUCACUUUUCACGAACAGAGUCUGCGUCAUCGAAUUGGGUAUGCUUCAUCACUAUGGGUAGAAUCAGAGAACUGGGUUUUCUUCUGAUAACCGAAUAAGCAAAAGGGUUUUGUUCUUUCCCCUUUUUUACGCCAACCCCAUAAUCGUAGCAGUGCACAAACAUUAACAUUUGUGUCUGGUUGGUUCUGAACAUUAUGGUUCUAUGUUGUUGAAGCCAAUUGCGUGAUUCUUCAUCAGGGAUUUUUCUUUUUCUUUUUUUUUAUUGUUAUUAUUAUUAUUGUUUUCAGAUUAGAAGAAAGGGUUAAGGGUUGUGGCGUGUUUGUUUGAUGAAUUAUGUUCAAACAGAUAUUAAGUAAACUCCCUCGAAAGUCAUCAAAAGGUUCGGAGCAUCGUGAACAUGGUGGAAGUGGAAGAAGCCAUGGUGUUACCACUUCAAAAAGUAGUGAUCUUGUUGUGCCAGGAAGUAGCAAACCUGGAAAUUCUUCUGCUUUGAAUGUGGGUCAUAAUCAUGGUAACAGGGUUCCAUUACCAUUGGUUGUGAAAGAGAACCCAAAUGGGAAUUUCAGUUCUUAUGAAGCAUCAUUGCCUGCGUUCAGGGAUGUUCCCAAUUCUGAGAAGCCAAGCUUGUUCAUCAAGAAGCUUAGGAUGUGCAGUGUGGUGUUUGACUUCACUGACCCCGCAAAGCACCUCAAAGAGAAGGAAAUUAAGAGACAGACCUUGGUGGAACUGGUGGAUUAUGUGACUUCUGCUAAUGCUAAGUUCACUGAGAAUGUGAUGCAAGAAGUUGUGAAAAUGGUGUCUGCAAAUAUAUUCAGGACGCUUAGUCCUCAACCGCGCGAGAAUAAGAUUGUUGAUGGCCUUGAUGUGGAGGAGGAGGAGCCUUCAAUGGAUCCUGCUUGGCCUCAUUUGCAAAUUGUGUAUGAGCUUUUUCUGAGAUUCGUGGCAUCGCCUGAGCUGGAUGCAAAGCUGGCUAAGAGGUAUAUUGAUCAGUCCUUCAUUUUGAGGCUGUUGGAUUUGUUUGACUCCGAAGAUCCGAGAGAGCGCGAGUACUUGAAGAUGACUUUGCAUCGCAUAUAUGGCAAAUUCAUGGCGCAUCGACCUUUCAUCAGGAAGGCCAUCAAUAAUAUCUUUUUUAAUUUUAUUUUUGAGACUGAGAAGCACAAUGGAAUUGCUGAGUUCUUGGAAAUUCUUGGGAGUAUCAUUAAUGGUUUUGCACUGCCAUUGAAAGAAGAGCAUAAACUAUUUCUUGUUCGGAUACUGAUUCCCCUGCACAAGCCAAAGUGCUUAGCAAUGUAUCAUCAGCAGUUAUCUUAUUGCAUUACCCAAUUUGUGGAGAAAGACUGUAAGCUUGCUGAUACAAUUAUUAGGGGAUUAUUGAAGUACUGGCCCAUAACAAAUAGUUCAAAGGAAGUUAUGUUCCUAGGUGAGUUGGAAGAAGUCUUAGAAGCAACUCAACCCCCAGAAUUCCAGCGCUGUAUGGUGCCAUUAUUUCGUCGCAUUGCCCGUUGUUUGAAUAGCCCCCAUUUUCAGGUCGCAGAAAGAGCUUUGUUCUUGUGGAACAAUGAUCACAUCUUAAACUUAAUCAAACAGAAUCGAAAAGUGAUACUGCCCAUCAUCUUCCCUGCAUUGGAGAAAAAUGCUAGAAGUCAUUGGAACCAGGCUGUUCAUAGUUUGACUUUAAAUGUACGGAAAAUAUUUAAUGAUCUUGAUCCUGAUCUAUCUAAAGAAUGCUUACAAAAAUUUGAGGAAGAUGAAUCAAAGGAAAGUGAAGUCAUAGCAGGGCGUGAAGCCACUUGGAAACGCAUGGAGGAGCUCGCCGCAAAGAAAGCUGCAAGCGGCGAAGCAGUGCUUAUUGGUAAAGCACCAACUCGCAGCUCUGCAGGUUAGAUAGAACUGGAAUAUGUAUUCUGCUCCAAUAGCUUCAUUUUUUAAAAAGUGAAUUUUAUAGUAUUUCUUUUGCAUGUGAUGUGUUGGCCAAGAGGUGCAAUUUCUUGAAUACUUUUUUAUUCAAUUCCUAUAUAGGAAAUGAAGGCUAUGAUUAGUAGCAAAUAUCUCAUGCAAGACAACAUCAAAGCUUAACUAGUAUAUACCUUACACUUUUGUACCAAGGUUGGCACUUAGCACAUUUGGGCACUUUUCUUUUUAAUGAAUUUCCAAUGAACAUUUCGUUUCAAGACCAGUAAUCUGAUAACAAUAGUCAAAGGACCAUUUUUUCAAGGCAAACUAGCAACAAAACUGUGGGCUGCAUAGAGUAUUAGGAGUUUUUACCAUACAAGGCUUGUUAGAAUAAAAUAAGAAACAUUAAAGAGAGCUAUUUUAGCACCAACUUUCUUUGUAUUUGACCUUUCGGGGCACACAAUGACUAUAUAUGGGUUGAAGCUUCUACUCGCUUCUAUUGAUUGAU